AUGGAGAACAGAGACUCCUGCUUGCAUCGACAGCUGCUUCUGCUAUUGCUUCUGCUGCUGCCACCACCUCACACCCACCAGGGACAGGCCCUGAGACACACUGUCCCUAACCAGAGUGCUCAGGCCUCUCCGGCUAGGUACCUCAGCAAUGGCCCAGGACCUGUCACUGUGAUAACCAUUGAUGUCACCAAAAUCAGCAGACCCUAUUCCUCUUUUGAGUUUCGAACCUUGGAUCCAGAGGGAGUGAUGUUUUAUGGGGACACUAACACCAAAGAUGAUUGGUUCCUUCUGGGACUUGGGGACGGCCAGCCUGAAAUCCAGCUGCACAAUCUGUGGGCCCGGCUUACAGUAGGCUUUGGUCCUCGGCUCAAUGAUGGGAGAUGGCACCAGGUGGAGCUGAAGAUGAAUGGGGAUUCCCUGCUGCUGUGGGUGGACGGGGAGGAGGUGCUGUGCCUGAGACAAGUCUCUGGAUCUUUGGCUGACAGUGCUCAGCCCAGCAUGAGGAUUGCUGGGGGACUCCUCCUCCCUGCCUCCAGUCUUCGGUUCCCGCUGGUUCCUGCACUAGACGGAUGUAUACGUCGAGAUAUCUGGCUGGGCCACGAGACCCAGCUCUCACCCUCUGCCACUACUAACCUCGGAAACUGUGAUGUGGACUUGCAGCCUGGACUGUUCUUCCCACCAGGGACCCAUGCAGAAUUCAGUCUCCAAGACAUUCCCCAGCCUCACACAGACCCCUGGAGCUUUUCUCUGGAGCUGGGAUUUAAGAUGGUGGACGGCUCAGGAUGCCUCCUUGCUCUUGGGAUAGGAAGAAAUUCUUCUUGGCUUACCCUUCACCUCCAAGAUCAAAAGGUGGUGCUGUCUUCUGGAGUAGAACCAAAACUAGCUUUACCCUUGGACUUGGAACUCCCUCUUCAGCUGAAGCUGGAUAACUUCAAAGUGGUCUUGCGCCAAGGACCAAAGACGGAGGUCCUUGCUGUGUCCCUUUGGAGACUUGCCUCCCUCCAGAGACUCUGGUCCCACCCUCAGAACCAUCUCUCCCUUGGGGCUUUACCAGGAGACAACUCUUCUGCUUCCUUUUGCCUGAGGGAUCUUUGGGUACAAGGACAGAGACUGGAUGUAGACCAGGCCCUGAACAGAAGCCAGAACAUCUGGACUCACAGCUGCCCUCAGAGCCCAAACAAUAUCACUCACGCUUCCCACCAAGCCAACCCCCUUUGA